CCAAACCCUAAACUCCCAUACCUCACUAACCCUUUCCCAAUGCUUUUCUCUGUUUUCCCCUCCUCUGCAACUAACCCCCAAGAAUUCAGAACGAUGGCUCACGGUGGAGACGACGAACAGAUCAAACGCACCGCCUGCGCCGUGGCCAUGCCGGGCAAGGCAAGGAAAACACGAUGGGCACCGGAGAGCACAGCUUCGAGUCUCACCGGACUUACGACCGCAAUCACAGCACGCAUGACAAGUGAACAGGUCGAUGCAUAUGCCCAGCAUGUGCGUAUCGAGGAGAUCACCCAAGCUCAGAAUCAACGAUGUUGUCCCAGCUGACCGAGGCCGCAGGUCCCCAUCACCCGAACCGCAGUACGAUUCCUCGGGCAAACGUAUCAACACACGCUAUCGUCGCUACCGAGACCGUCUGGAGGAUGAGCGCCAUGCCCUGGUCCAGGUUGCCAUGCGCACCAUCCCCAGCUAUCGCCCACCCCAGAGCUAUGUCCAUGACCGUGGUCGGCGCGGCAUGAUCAAGGAGAAGGUCUACAUACCUGCGAAGGAUUUCCAGGACGUGAACUUCAUCGGCCAGCUCCUGGGUCCCCGCGGGCGCAGUCUCGCCGACAUGAAUGCCCAGUCGGGUGCCAACAUAGUCAUCCGUGGGAAAGGCUCCGUCAAGGAAGGCAAAGGCCGUUGCAGUAGACGCGCGCGCAACGACACUAACGAUGACCAGGAUGAGCCCCUUCACUGCCUCAUCACGGCAGACGCCCAAGAGAAGGUCGACAAGGCUAAGGCGCUCGUCCAGGCCGUCAUCGAGACGGCCGUCACGACGCCGGAGCUGGCGAACGAGAGGAAGCGGCAGCAGCUACGCGAUCUCGCCGUCGUGAACGGGACCUUUCGUGACGAUGAGGGUCACGGCAUUGGCGGUAGUGGUCGAGACUGGAAGAGGCCGAUGGCGACCGGUAUUGUUUGCCGUGUCUGUAGCGGUGGCGGGCAUAUCGCUCGUAAUUGUCCCGACCGGAAGGCGAGGGUCACGUGGCGGAACCCUCCCUGGCGAGAGGCCAACCGGGGCGGAAAAGGAGGUGAAGAUGUUGUGGAUCUUGCUUACUCGCAGUUUCUGUUGGAGGUGGGAGGCAAUACAGUGACGAAGAACCAUCUGUGAGAGAGGUAAUAAUUGUGCGCGCAACUUACUAACAUUAGACUGACUACACUGCAACUGUGGAAUGCUGAAAUAUGACUAAUGACGCAUUGCCUGCUUCUUGCCUGUUGACUUCCAUCCAAUGUUGC